AUUUCAUCGUUCUGUCUUCUUCUUCUUGUAUCUGUUUUUCAAAGAUUGCAUCUCUAUGUAACUAAUGCAUGUGAGUUUGCCGACCUGAUUGAUUUCUUCGAUGAGAUGUGUUGGCUUUCUUUCUGAAUCAAGGACGAACGAUUAUGGUUUUUAUUUGUAAUGUGACUCGGUUUUCUUGCUUUAAUGAUUAAUCCAGCGAAUGAAUUCGGAGCAGCUUUGAUUUCAUUGCCGGGAGGAAAUUCGUUGAUUUUAAUCUCCACGACAUCUGAGAAAAUGCUGACAUUUAUCCUCUUUCGUUUCCUUCGUUUUGUGUUUGAUUUUUCCAUACGACACGUAUGCCUUUAUUAUACUUGCCAAUCAGAUGUUAACCGUAUUUCUUGAAAAUAAGAAACGUAUUUCAUGUCCCUUUUCCCCCCCUCGAUAUCUUUCAAGGCACUUGACUAAAUGAUUGCGUGAGAAAUCUGCUAUUUUUUAAAAAGAUUAAUUUAAGCUGAGUCAUCGGUAUUGCUGUUGGUUUUGUCACUCAGAACCUGUUUCGUUUCAAUUUUUUUUUUUAACCUUUCACCAAUUUUCUUGAUACUCUAAAGAUUCCUAUUCCAUUAUUGGGAGAGUCGUAUACGCUUUUUCUUUUACAGAACCCUGGAUCAGUAUAAGAGUAUAAGAAUAUCUCUUAGCGUUACAGAGAUGCUAUUGGAAUAUGUGUUCUCUUUUUCUCUCGCCCUCUUUUGUCUUCACGAGUCUGAGGAAACAAUGGGAGCCGGAGGCCGUGUUGCUUCUGCACCUAGAGAAAUAUCUGGAGAGCAACAGAAGCCUCUCUCAAGGUCUCCAUACUCAAAACCACCCUUCACAGUUGGGGAACUCAAGAAAGCCAUUCCUCCACAUUGCUUUGAGCGUUCCCUCUUCUGCUCAUUCUCCUAUGUUGCUCGUGACUUUUUCUUGGCCUUUAGUCUCUAUACUGCCACUACUUACUUCCAUCUCCUUCCCCACCCAAUUCCCUACUUUCUCUGGCCCAUCUAUUGGGCUCUCCAAGGUUGCAUUCUCACCGGUGUGUGGGUGAUUGCCCAUGAGUGUGGCCACCAUGCCUUCAGUGACUACCAAUGGCUUGAUGAUUUGGUAGGUCUAACCCUCCAUUCUGCACUUCUAGUCCCAUACUUCUCAUGGAAGAUCAGCCAUCGCCGCCAUCACUCCAACACAGCAUCCCUCGAACGUGAUGAAGUGUUUGUCCCGAAACCCAAGUCCAAAAUGGCAUGGUGCAGCAAAUACCUAAACAACCCACUGGGAAGGGCUCUCACUCUCCUCAUUACACUCACCCUUGGGUGGCCUUUGUACUUGGCCUUCAAUGUUUCUGGCAGACACUAUGAUCGUUUCGCAAGCCACUACAAUCCAUACGCCCCCAUCUAUUCUAACCGUGAGAGGCUGCUAAUAUACCUGUCUGAUGCUUGUGUGUUUGGCGCAACCUACGUGCUCUAUCACAUAGCAAGUGUGAAAGGAGUGGGUUGGCUUUUCUGUGUUUAUGGGGUGCCAUUGCUGAUUGUGAACAGCUUCCUGGUGACAAUCACUUAUUUGCAGCACACUCACUGUGCAUUGCCACACUAUGAUUCAUCUGAAUGGGACUGGCUGAGAGGAGCAUUGGCGACGGUGGAUAGAGACUAUGGCAUCCUGAACAAGGUGUUUCAUCACAUAACAGACACUCAUGUGACCCAUCAUCUCUUCUCCACAAUGCCUCACUACCAUGCAAUGGAAGCAACUAAAGCGGUGAAGCCUCUUCUUGGAGAGUACUACCAGUUUGACGGGACUCCGUUUUACAAGGCCUUGUGGAGGGAAGCAGGAGAGUGCAUCUAUGUGGAGCCAGACGAACAUCAGAAGGGUGUUUAUUGGUACCGGAGCAAUUUUUGAUGGGAAGGUAUCCGUAGACUAUGAUUUUGUCUGUAUGAGUUUAUCCAAGAAUAAAACAGCAAUGAGAUCCUUUCUCAGCCUUGUUGGAUGUUACGAUGAAGUAAAUGCAUGGUAUGGCUAAGAAUCAAGUGCUUUCUCUUUCUUUUUCCUUGCCCCCCUUUCAUCUCCUUUGGGCAAUGUUAAUAAAGCAAGAGGACAAUAAGAAAUACCAGUGGCUUUGGUGCGUGAUGAACUGCCAUCUAUCCUAAUAAUCAUCUAUGGGAAGUUAAAGAUU